CACCACAUCAGCAGAAUAAAAUUUUGUUUCCCGAAAUAGUCAAAUCUUCCAUCCAGUCGUUUGUCUCCGGUCAUUGUCUCCACCUGCUUAACAUCAAAGUUCCUGAAAGAAAGGAAAAUGGCUACGAAAAACUCGGAAAAUUGCUUUCAUAGGGAUAUAAAAUAUAUUCUGAGAGUUUGUCAAAUAUUUGGACUAUUUCCUGUCUCAGAAUUGACUUCAGAAGACCACCGAAAUAUAAAGUUCGAAUGGAAAUCCACCCUAACCGUAUAUUCUUUCUUGUUGACGUUGUCAACACUAAUUUGCACUGUCCUAACUUUUAUUCAGCUAGUCACUCACGAAUUCAAUUUACAUUCAAUGGAUUCCUUUAUGUUUUGCUUCUUCGCCUUCGCCAUUUCUUUGUCUUUCUACAAAUUAGCAAUGGACUGGUCGGAAUUAUUGAAAAGUUUUCGUGAAAUAGAAAUAGCUUUCAAGAACUAUAGCUACUACCAGAAUUUGAGAAAACAAUUUACAAUCAUGUUUGUAAUAUCUACUACAGGAACAUUAAUUGAACACAGUUUAGCAAGGGUGGCUACCUACAACCAAGUUGAUCCCCAAGCAAAAUCAAAUAGAACACAACUGGAAUUGUAUUUAAAAAAAGAGUAUUCAUUUGUUUUUGAUCAUAUGGAAUAUUCCAAUCCGGUAGCUUCAUUUUCAUUCUACAUCUCUCUUUAUUUCUGGACAAAAGUGAGAGAAGAUUAUAGUUUGAUAUCAGAAUUAUGCCAAAAGGUGAAUGAUAAGAUUGGCCACAUGAUAUUGAUAUCAUUCGCGUCAAAUAUGUAUUUUGUUCUGUCUCAGCUGUAUAAAGGAUUGACAAUCAAACGAACCAUAAUUGAUGGAAUUUAUUUCAUAUUUUCGUUUGGAAUAGUGAUUUUGAGGCUGAGCGGAGUGAUACUGUAUGGAUCUGAAGUAAAUCUACAGUCUCAGAAACCUUUGAGGUACCUCAUCUCUGUGAAGUCAGACUACUAUAAUGAAGAGAUAGAGAGGUUCAUUCUAGAAAUUCACUGCCACGAAACUUCACUCUCAGGAAAUCAGUUUUUCACCUUGAAAAGAGGAUUGAUAUUUGGUAUGGCAACUGCAAUAAUAACAUACGAGUUAUUCAUGCUCCAGACAAAAAUUAACUGAUGGGGAAGUAUGUAUGGGCUGAAAACCUGAGGAUUGUUCACUUUUCAGGUCAACGGAAAUAAAAAGGAAAUACGUCAUUAACGUCAUAUAACCUAUACAUAAUAUUACCCUUGUAUUAUCUAUUCAGCCAUUUUUUUUUAUAAAAAUGUCAUACUU